AUAUUUAAAUUUACUUCAUAAAUUCUGACAGAAUGAUCACACUGGAUUGAUAAUAUUCGGUUUGAGAUUCAGUUUAUCCAUUCAUCUGUUGGAUGAAACAAAAUUCCCAAUGUAUAUGUUGUGAAACAAUAUUCUUUUGAACUUCGUACAACAUACUAAAAAUUUUCAGAUCCGUCGUAUGAAGUCCAAUUUUGCCAAUGAUACUGAAAUGGCAUUGGAAUAAUUUUUGCGUGUGAGAAAUUCCACAAAAGGAAACUUGGAGUUUUAUUUGAAAAGUAUUUAUAAAACUUGAAACUUUGUUUUAUUUGAAAAAUUUCUAUUAAUAUGGCCAAAUUGGAAACAAAAAUAUCGUUACAAUCCCUGAAUUUGCAAUGUCCGGUUUUCUUAGCUGAGUUCUCAAAUGCAGACCUUAAGUUUAAGAAGAGACAAUCUUUACAGUUCCAGUCCUUCAGAAGUUCAGAAAAGAAUGCUCUUUCCAAUCCUAAGAAGAUGCUUGUAGCUUCAACUGGUAAAUUGCAGUAUGGUGGUUCCAACUAUGAAAGUGAAAUGUCAAAAAUUACUUCGUCUCUGCUUAAAGUUGGGGUUUAUAAUAAGCGUACUCAUAAAUUUAAACUCUAUGAUACAGAUUUUUUUCACUUGAAACCUCUUUUAAAAUGUCGAAUAGAUUUCAACAACUCGCAAAAAUCUUGGAGUGAAAAGACAGAGGAUUUAGCUUUAACAUUUGGUAGUAAAAACAGAAAAAGAGUAAUUACUUCCAGGCUCAAGUAUGAAUCAGCAUCCAAUGACACUAUUUCAUAUGAAAAAAUACAGAGCAACAUUUCUUUGGAAACAACUGUUAUUGAAGAAAGAAAAGAUGAUUGCCUAAUACCUCCUCAGAACAAGGAUGCCAAAUGUGUAGAUGACAUUUAUAGCAUUUAUGAUGUUGUUCCUAAAGAAGAUUAUGAUUGUUUGGAUACAGAAGCAAGAAUCUUUACUAAUAUCACUCGUGAAAAUUUACAGUUAUGGAGAAAUGAAGCCAAGUACUGCGACUUAAUUCUUCACUUUUUGGAAACAAGAUAUCAAAGUCUUUCUUUGCACACUGCAAAAUUACUAUGUUACUUAAAUUACAUGACUAUUCUAAUCAAAACCACUUAUAAGGAUUUGAAAAGAAAAGACCCUUUUCCGGAUAUUCCACAACCUUACAAAUCUUCAUUAAUGGAAAAAUUUCUUGUAAACAGAUCUUUGCCUCUAAGAAUGAAAGACAAAAUACUAUCACAUGCUAUGAUUUUAGCUUUAACCAUUAAUAAUUACCAUAUUGAUGGGAAAAUGCUAGCAUCAAGUACACAUGCUUCUAUGACAAGGAUUGUUCUUGUGGCAUAUUCUUUAGGCUGUCAUGUCAAAGACAAAAAGGCUGAAGGGACAAAAUUAAUAGAAUUAAAGUUACCUUUAUUCAAGUAUGAACCAAGAGGUAGACAAAAGAAGUGAUAUCUAUUGGGAACAAUGCAAUUCAUACUUUCUAUAUAUAUGUAUAUGUGCAAAUUAAAGA